AUGUCAAAUCCAAAUGAAGAACGACAAUCAGAAGGUGGAUUACCUUCAUCUUUGCGAAACCUAAAGGUUUCGUUGUUGACAACAAAAACAGCCUUGAAAGCUCUAAGGUCAAAUGCAAAUGAAGAACGACAAUCCGAAGGUGGAUCUCAAUUGCAAGAACAAGUGCAGCAAGUGCCACAGAAUUGCACCUCUUCAGCAACACAAGGAGUACAUGAACAAGUGCAACAAGCGAAUAUGGAUUCCAUCACUUCUGCAUCACAGAGAGUACAUGAACGAUCUGAUGAUUCUACCACUCAUGAAGCAGCUGAACAAAUUGAUGAACAAGGCCCCUCCUCGCCAAAAAGAAAAAGAGACCGUACUCAAAUGCCAAGUGUUCAUGGCAGAAAGAAGCGUAAAAUAAUCAUUCUAAAUGAGUAUAAUCAACCCGUUGGUCCUACUAAAGAGGUUGUAAAAGAGUUGGGUAGCUUCCUCAGCACAUUGGCAAGGAGUGGAACUUUUUGUCCUCUUAAUGAUAAAUAUGACAUUCCUGACGAGGCAAAACAAUGGAUUUUUGAAUCAGUUUGUAGUGCUUGGAGAAAGUAUAAGAGUCAAUUGAAGGCAACCCACUUCACAACCUAUGAGAAUGAUGAUCUUCGAAUGGAGAAUAGGCCAAUAGAUGUUUCGGAAUCUUACUUUAAGGAUCUUCUUAAAUAUUGGAACUCCGAUCCACACAAGACGACUUCAGUUUGUAAGAAUCUGGAGGCAUUCUUCUUAUGGGUGCCAUCAGAUUCAGCCAUUGCUUUACUUGCAAUGCAACACUUAAUUACAGAGAAUCAAAGUAAGUUGAAGUAUCCGCACACUGCUGGCAGAACACCUUUUGCUCUAAUUCGCGAGGAAAAAAAGAAGAAAAUCUCUGAUACUUCAGAUACUCUAUCAAGUAAGGACAUCUUUGUGGCUACAAGAAAAAGAAAACUUGGCCGAACUGAAAUGGAGAGAAUACAAUCAACUCAGGAAAGUGAAGAUGGUAGUCAUUCAGUUGACGCUUUUGCAUCAGUCAUGGGACAUGAACAUCCAAGUCGCGUGAGAUUGUAUGGACGAGGGAUUACCAAGACUUUGUUAAAAGGGCAAAAAGGGAAUCUUGGAUCUUCUAACGAGAGGAUGCAGCAGAAAAUGGAGGAAAUUGAAGAGAGGAUGCAACAAAGAAUGCAUGAAAAGUUGAACGAACAAAAGGAUGCUAUGGAAUAA